AUGGAACUUUCUCAAAACUCUAAUUGGCGGCUUACUAAGUCGCUCCUUAUAAUUCUCGGUCUGUGGCCUUUCCAACAAACUUAUUUUCAAUUAUUAUUAAGUCGUGUAGUUAUUAUUUCAAUUAUAAGCAUUCUUAUACCUGAAGUGAUAAAAAUGAUCAGUGUAUGGGGCGAUUUAAAAAUAAUUCUCGAAUAUAUACAAAAAGAUUGGCUCUCUGAUCCGUCUCAUAUGGAAAAAAAAAUCAUGCAAAAUUAUGGACAAAAUGACAGAAGAUUAACUCAUGCUUAUGCAUGGGUUAUUCUUGGAUGCACCAUAACAAUUACGGGUACACCUUUUGCGCAAAAAAUUCUUGAUUAUAUUGCGCCUCUCAAUGAAUCACGGAAAAUAGAAUUUUUGUAUUCAGUUGAAUACUUUGUUGAUCCAGAUAAAUAUAAAGUGCCAAUAUUCAUUCACGCUUAUUUGAUCAGCCCGUUUCCAUCGCUCAUAACAGUCGCCUUUGAUACAACAUAUUUUCAUUGUGUACAACAUGGCUGCAGUAUGUUCGCCGUAAUGAGACAUCGUAUGCAAAUAAUAACAGAUCAAACUGAUACUAAAAUUCAUGGAGAUGACGUUAUUAAUAAAAAAACUCAUCAAUUAUUGAUAGAUUGUAUCAAAAAGCAUGUUAUUAUUUUGCAAUAUUGUGAAAAACUUGAAUCAUUUUAUACCCUUCCUUUGCUAUCUUUAAUCAUCAAUAAUACGUUGGCAUUAAGUAUCACUGGUUUCCAUACUUUAAUAAAGCUGAAUGAUCCUCCGGAAGCAUUCAAAUAUGGAUCUUUCACAUGCGGAUGCGUUAUUCAUUUAUUAUUCUACUCUUAUAUUGGUCAAGAUUUGACAGAUCAUAGUAAAUCUAUUUAUCAAUUCACUGUUAGUAGUGUGGCUGAAUCGGUACAAAUUAUUGUAUAUCACUUUGGUGCAUUAUUGAAAUUGUCUAAUUGGAUUUUUAACUCACAAAAGUUAAAAGCAAUACUUGAGACUAUCAGAAAAGAUUGGCAAUCUGACUUGUCAGAUUCAGAAAUGCAAGUAUUAUCAAAGUAUGGACGCAAUGCUCGAAUAUUUUCCCAUUUUUAUGCAUAUUACAUGGGUGCUGCUACUCUUCUCUAUUUGGCUACGCCUUUAACUCCUAUAAUUCUAGAUGUUUUAGUACCUUUAAACGAAUCACGGCCCAUUCAAUUUUUAUUUCCAACAGAGUAUUUUAUCGAUGAAAAAAAAUAUUAUAUACCCAUUUUUAUCCAUGCUUACAUGAUUGGUCCUUUUCCGUCAACUGUACAGUCUGCUUUUGAUACAGCAUAUUUUAAACAGGUUCAGCAUGCUUGUAGCAUGUUUGCUGUUGUUGGGAUCCGGAUACAGAAUUUAUCUGAAAAAAUGAAUGUUUUACGUAAGAAAAUGCCUCACAAGGUCGAUAAAGAAAUAGAUCAACUACUUAAAAAUUCCAUUAAAAAACAUAUUAGUAUCAUACAAUACUGUGAAGCACUUGAAUCGGCUUACUUUUUGAUGUUACUUCCAUUAAUUAUAGCAAACAUAGUAGCACUGAGUAUCACUGGUUUUUAUACUAUAGUGAAGAUUAAUGAAAUUGUUCAUGUUUUGAAAUUUGGUUCUUAUACACUUGGAUUGGUGGUUCAUCUAUUUUUAUUUAAUUAUCCUGGUCAAAGUGUAAUAAAUCACAGUGAUUCUAUUCAAACAUUAGUAUAUAAUGGAAAUUGGUAUCAUCAUUCACCAAAAGUACAAGUACUUUUUAUUUUGAUAAUGAUAAGAAGUAAUAAAACAUGCCAAUUAACAGCUGGUAUUGAAGUUAUCUAUUUCAUAUUACAUGGUUCUCACUUCUCUUUAAUAUGUUUGAAAUUUAUCCAAGACCGAAAUAAAAAUUUUGCACAAAAAUGGACAAAACACCAGAAGAGUGACCCAUUUUUACAUAUAUAUCGAAUACAAAAUUUAAGUAAUAUGACAAAUAAUGAAAUACAAGAUGACAUUUCUAGUAAAAAAAUUAAUUACUUAAUCAGAAAAUCUAUCAAACAACAUAUUGCUACAUUACAGUAUUGCCAAAUUCUUGAAUCUACUUAUACUACAUGCUUACUUGUCAUAGUGAUGAUAAAUACUGUAGCAUUGAGUAUUACUGGUUUUUAUACAGUAAUAAAAAUAAAUGAAACUUCGGAAGCCCUGAGAUUUGGUAUCUACACAAUUGGCCAAGUUGUUCAUUUGUAUUUUCUCAGCUAUCCUGGUCAGAACUUGAUGGACUACAGCCAGUCUAUCCAAGAAUUAAUAUAUGAUGGUAAAUGGUACAAUCUUCCUAGAAAAACUAGAGAAUUAUUCAUUUUAAUAAUGAUGAGAAGUCGUAAACCUUGCAUGUUGACUGCUGGAAAGAUGUAUACAAUGUCAUAUGUGAGCUUCAGUAAGGUAAUAAAAGCAUCAAUUUCAUAUUUUACUCUACUUACUUCAUUACAAUGA